GUGCGUGAUGAAAACCCUACAUUCUCCAGACCAUCUGGAGAAGGUUGACAUGUCCGCUGGCAUUGGCAUGAUGGCUGGGAGCAACGGAACGGAUCUGCCCAAAGGAAAUGGACGGCAGCCCGAGGUCAUUGAUGGAAUGGACGACGAUACUCUGAGCAAGGCCAGAAAAGCCGCGAAAACACAUCUGUACGCUCUGCGAGAUCAUGUGGAGCAGGCGAUGGAGGCUUUCCAAAGGCUUGAAAGCGUUGUCUUCAUGGCUGCCGAGACAGUGAAGGCAGACCGCCGUGCGCUGAUAGAAGACAGAAUAGCAGCCGCUAGCGAGCGACACAAGGCAGAGGCCGAGCUCGCAAACAAACAGGACCAGCUUCGAAGGGAGCAGGAGGAACUGCGGCAAGCUCGUGAGCAGCUGGAACAAGAGCGCCGGCAGCUCAAACAGCAGCUUCGGCAAACGCAAGUGCAUACUCCAGCCGAAAGUCAGACCAUGACACCGCCAAAGGCGCCCGUGGUCAGCGAAGAUCAGGCUGUGAUGCCGAGCAAGGUGUCACCUGCCAGCAUGGCAGGGUCUUGGAGCCCCGCGCAGGUGCUGGCAGCUUCGGGCCGAGUCAUCGUGUUCGGUGGGUUCGAUGGAACUGCAGACCACCGGAGCACUGAAAUCUUGGACACGGCCAGCAUGACCUUCUCCAUGGGUCCUACGAUGGGCGUCGGCCGCAGCGGCUGCGCUGUUGCCUCCUUGGACGAAAGAAGAGUCCUGGUGGCCGGUGGUUUCGAUGGCUCUAGGAGUCUCGAUACCACAGAGCUGGUGGACCCAGUUACACUGAAGGUCACUGCUGGCCCGAGAAUGGGCACCAGGCGUAAUGCUUGCGCAGCGGUGCGACUGGAUGCGAAGAGUCUGCUAGUAAUCGGUGGUUCAGAUGAUGCCAGCGAGCUGGACUCCACGGAGGUACUUGAUUUGGAGAAGAUGACCUUCUCCAGUGGUCCACGGAUGGGAACCCGUCGAAAUGCCUGCGCAGCAUCAUUGAUUGACAGCCAGCGCUUGCUGGUCAUCGGCGGUUCAGACGGUGGCAGUGACCUGGAUAGCACCGAACUGCUCGAUCUGGGUUCCAUGACAUUCUCUGCUGGGCCCCGGAUGAGCACUCGCAGAAACUUUUGCGCAACAGCGCUUCUACAACCGGGACCGAGUGUAGCUCCCAGAGGCUUGCUGCUGGUCCUGGGCGGUUCUGAUGGCUCCAGCAGUUUGGACAGCACCGAGGUGCUGGAUGUUUCGAAGAUGACGUUCCAGCCGGGCCCUAACAUGGGCACCUGGCGAAGCGGUUGUGCAGCCGCCACGCUGAGCUCUGACCAGCUGCUGGUUGUUGGUGGCUUUGAUGGCUCCAACCACCUGGACAGCACGGAGGUGUUGGACGUGAAGCACAUGUCUUUCACGUUGGGGCCACGCCUGAGCACCUGGCGGAGCGGUUGCGCGUCAGCUCCCUGCUGA